AGGAGCAAAUCAAAAUGGCGAGCCAAGAGGAGUCUGUGAGGGAGUUCGUCGCUGUUACUGAUGUGGACGAGGAGAGGGCCCGCUUUUUCCUGGAGUCCGCCGGCUGGAACCUGCAGCUUGCACUCGCCAGUUUCUUUGAGGAUGGAGCUGACGACGACAUAGUGACGCUUCCUCAGCCUGAGGGAGGCUCCUCAGUGUCCCGGUCUGCUGGGCCGAGCUCUCAGCCCAGAGUGACCUCCUUCAGAGAUCUGAUGCAUGAGGCAGAGGAGGAGAGCGAUGAGGAGGAAGGCCAAAG